AUGAGUAAUUCCGAGGAUUCUUUAGAAGAUUUUGGUGGCGAUGGUCAAGAUUAUAGUAUAUUAUUUGCUACAGAUGAGGAAUUUGCAAACAAGGAUGAUGUUGUUGCUUGGGUGAAAGGCAUGGGCAUGGCAAAUGGUAUGUUACUAAAUGUAGUUUCUAGUAAGAAGAAGAAUGCUGUUCUGAUGAGAUGCUGUAAAGGGGGAAAGGUGUCAGUUGAUCAUGGUGAAUACUAUGUCACAUCAGAUUCGAAGACACAGAGGUGUAAAUUUAAGUUAUAUGUGCACUCAGUGGAUGGGAAGUGGCGCAUUCGGGUGUAUCCUGGUGAGUUUGGAAUGCAUAACCACGAGCUGUUUGACGAAGAUCAUCCCACGAGGGGCCUUAGCGAUGGAGUGAAACAGCUUAUACAGGGUAUCUCCAAAGAUGGGUGCAGACCGUGUCAGAUCAUGGCUGCGAUUCAGAGGAUCUUUCCUGAUGAAAAAGUUAACAGACGGCAAGUGUACAAUUUCAGGAAGAAAUUGCGUAAUGAGGGGUUCCCGGUAUUGGGUGAAUCGAGUGCCAUGGAUGUCGCGACGAAGACACUAGCGGUGGCCAAGCAUCAUGGUUACAUCAUCAUGAUAGAUUGCAAUCAGGAGACCGACGUUGUGGAAGCUAAUAACCAGGAUGAGUACAAUAAAGCUGUUGCCGUAAUAAACCGUCGUUGGCAGUUUUUUCCGAGAGUUCUUACUUAUAUCCAGAAGACAUGGCUAGUGGUUGACUACAAAUUCGUCAAGGCAUGGACGAAUGCUGUGUUUCAUAUGGGCAACACUACUACAGGCAGGGUGGAGAGCCCGCACAAGCAGUUAAAAACCUGGCUGGAAACAUCCACGGCGUCCCUGGAUACACUUUGGGCUAAGGUGCACUUGGAAAUUCAGAGUCAGCUAACCGAAAUACGGUACAAACUAGUGUACUCAAGACAGAAAAUUGGCACCCAUUAUUGCAGUUUUCCACUGAACCGCUUGAAGUGUCAAGUUUCACAUACUUGUUUGCAAAAGCUGAACACUAAGUGGUCGAAGGCGCAAGAGUGGAAAGAAGAAACCAAUGACCGAUGCGAUCAUGUGGUGUACUGGACUUGUCGAAUUCCAUGCACGUGCGCUCUCAAAAAGGCUGCAGAUGCCGGCACAUCGAUAACUCUUAAGCAUAUUCACCCAUUCUGGGCGACCCUUAAUAUCGGUGAACAGCCUGGUACGAGUGCUCCUAGCGAUGUGGAUGACGAGGUCCUUUAUACCAGACAGUUGAUGGAAGAGCUGAACGAGUGUCCUAAGGCAGUACGACGUACUGUAAAUAGGGUUCUCCACGAUAUUAUGCAUCCAGACCAGUGUGGGUUCAAACAACCCGAGGACGUCAAGAGAAGGAAGGGGCGGCCUAAGGGGGCUAAAUCAAAGAAAAAAGCAGAGGCCAACACUCUUGCCCAUGAACAAUCCCCACAGAAAAAAGUAACUCCUAAUGUGUGGAAUUACAGGGACGAGCCGCAAGGAAAGUCGACCACAGUUACUAGCGAUUCAAGUAAGAAGCGCCCCUCGUCUUCAGGUGGUUGUACAGAUGCAUCCACAGAGAUCUUUGCGAGUGAUAUUUCACAGUAUGGUUGCUACGACCUCAUUCCAUGGCCCAUUUGGCCAUAUAUUACUAGUUACCUUGAUGUUGGUGCCGAUGGCAAUUGUCGAUUUUGCGUAAACUUGGCAGUAUUUUGCACAAAUAAUUGUAUAUGUAAAUGCAAGACGUCCUUACAGGAAGAAGUCCGUCGUAUACGGUGGAGUGGACAGGAUUUCGCACCUGAGCGUCAUUGGAUGUGUGUGACGGACUUGUUCGUAGUUGCGACUAUGAACAAUGCAAUUGUGUACUAUUACGGUGCAGGAGAAGAGAACCAGUCACUAAACUCUACAUGUUGGACUGUACUACCUGUCACUGCACGCGGUGAGGCAACAUGUCCGGCAUUUGAGAUUGGGAUAUGUCACCAUGGUCUUUACAAGUACUUCAUUCGGAUCAAUUUGGACGGUGACUUUCCAGUUCCACCAAUCAAUAAUCGGUGGACUAAGGAACAUCAGCCUAGCGUUGCUGGUUGGGAAUUACCACUUCUUCCUAGAAUUCAACAUUGGUAUAGGUUGGUCCCCAACAAUCCUGGACGAGUUGUGAAUUUUGAUAAUGAUUUCAUUGAUCUUAGUUUCUUAGAUUAG